UCGACUUCAGUCCAGUAUUUCGAACAAGCAAAAUAACUUAAUUCGUUGUUGUUAAAAGCAAGCGGCGAUAUGGAGUUGGGUAACUACACGAUUGAUGCCAUUGACUCAACAUCACGCCUUCCGCGAUGGAUUGUAGUUUUAACCCUUCUUUCGUGUGCCGUUUCGGUUUUGGGCUCAUUAAUCCAAAUUAUGACUUAUUACAUGUGCAGACAGCUAAGGAUUCCCUCUAGAGWGCUUCUUGUCUAUAUGUCUGUAGCAGACCUGCUCUCUGCCCUUGCCUUUGGAAUAGGAACAAUCAAAGACUUCCACGAAAGUACACAUUGGUGCAUUGCUCAAGCGUUUUUUUCGACUUUUUUUUCAACAUCCUCCAUGUUUUGGAUGGUUGCUCUGUUAAUCUAUCUCUUUGUAACUGUGGUGACCAUCAACCCGGAGAGAUCUGCAAGUCUAGUUCUAUACUUCCACACUAUCUGUUGGGGUAUUCCUGGAUUAGUUUCACUGUUAGCAUUGUGCUUUAGAGAACUUGGAACCACUCACUCUAGAGUAUCAGUGGGUUGGUGUUGGGUCAAGGUUUAUAAUCCACAGUCAUUAAUUUGGAUGCUGGUCACAGAAAAACUCUGGGAGCUUGCAGCCUUCUUUUGCCUUGUAAUCUUUUCUAUUGGCAUUAGAAUACAAAUAUCUCGAAAGCGCAGUAAUGAAGAUCUUGAUUACCUGCCCAUUGGAACUGCUGAGGCCAUGAGAAAGAUCAACACGAAAAUCUUAUUUAUACCUUUGGUGUUUCUGCUGCUUCGAAUCUGGGGAUUCGUGCGCUUUGCUUUAUUUAUACGCAAAUCACCACAUGCAAUGAAUAGCACUCUUAUGGUUCUACAGGGAAUAGGAAACACUGGCCRAGGAUUUGCUAAUUUAAUACUCUUUUGUCUUUGCUCGGCAAGAAUCAGAGAAGCUCUUUUAUCGGGAUUAUCCAAUCUCACAAACAAGGAGACUUACUUAAACAAACUGUCAUUCUGUCUGCGGUGUUGUUUUAGACCAAAUAAUGAUUCAUCGAAACCACUUCUUCAAGGACAGAGUAACCAGGAAACUAAGAAAAACUUUUACGUGCAUUUUAAAGGAGACGUUUUUGAUUAUAAGUAUGAUAAUAAUAUUUAAUCAUGUUUUUAUUGCGCAAUUUGACACGAGUUAAUAUGAAAUGCGCAUCCACAAGAAUUUAUUUAUUGCUAACAAUGAUAUUUAAUGCUUCUAUUGCGCAAUUUUACACGAGUUAACAUGAUCAAAUGCGCACUGUCAAAAGAAUUAAAAUAAUAUUAUACUGGCUCACAGAGCUGAAUCGUGAAGAAAUAGAAAACGCGCCCGCGUGGUGUG